GCCAGCCACUGCGCCCGCGACUCCGACAGUGGGACCCUCGCCUCGGCUCCAAGUCUCGGCAGCCGAGCCGCGCCACCCAGCGGCCCAGUACGCGCGGCCACCGCACCGACCGUCGCGAGCCACCCCCGAGGCGAGCGCGCACCGCCCCAGCCUACCGCCCAGGUGACCCGGGGCCCCAGGGACAUGCCCGGCCAAGGGGGCCGACCCGCAGGCCUGCCAACCCUCCUCGGGGUCCUCGGCGCCUGCGCCGUCCUCGCCGCCCCGGGGUAUCUACAGGGUGUCCAAGCCGUGGCCUGCAGAGAUUCCUACAAAUGCGACUGCAAGGGAAUAAAGGGCGCCCAGGGGAUCCUCGGAAUCACGGGACCUCAAGGUCCCGAGGGACCUCCUGGAGAAAUCGGACCCGAUGGACCCCCGGGUCCCAAAGGAGAGAAAGGAGCUGGAGGAGAGCAUGGAGGAACUGGAGAGAAGGGUUAUCGGGGUGAUCAAGGUAUUCGAGGAUUCACAGGAGCUUCCGGUCUCUCGGGUGCAGCUGGAUUAUCCGGAGUGAUGGGACCGGAUGGAUUGGAUGGAUGUAACGGAACCGAUGGACGAGCCGGAGCACCCGGUUUGUCGGGCCCCCAUGGUCCAAGGGGUCCCAUGGGUCCUCUGGGAGACAAGGGUCCCGUGGGCGAACCAGGAGAUGGUGGAAUUAAUUCUCGCGGUGCCAAAGGAGAACGCGGUGUCCCUGGAUUCGACGGGCCAAUGGGAUUCCAAGGGUCAAGAGGAAUUCCAGGCGAAAUGGGGUACCCUGGAGACACGGGAGACAUGGGGUACCCUGGAGCAUUAGGACUACCAGGAAUGCAGGGAGACCGAGGCGACACGGUUUACGGAGUAGCGGGUCCUCCGGGAGAACAGGGAGAUCGCGGAGAUCCAGGACCCAGUAGUGGGGAAUUUCAGAAACCGGAAACGAAUACUACCAAAGCUGUCAAAGGAGCUCUCGGCAGAAAAGGAACAAGAGGAGACUGGGGAGACCGUGGGCGGAAAGGAGAGCUAGGCGUUAAAGGCCCACAAGGUCGACCUGGGUUCCUGGGAAUCAAAGGGAUGAAAGGUGAACAGGGUGACGACGGGCCGAGAGGGAAACAAGGGGUUGAUGGCCCGGCAGGUCCUGCAGGUGAAAAGGGAGAAAAAGGAGCUCCAGGAUACGAAGGGUCCCCUGGUCUCGAUGGUCCCGAUGGGGAGUCGGGAGAACCUGGGAAUCAAGGUCCUCCAGGGAAACAAGGAGCCGUCGGUGAACCUGGUAAAUACAACCCUGAACUGGAUGAAAUCGUCGAAGGGAAUACUGGAAUUCAAGGCGACUUAGGUCCGCCUGGAGAUAUGGGUCAACCAGGAACACCUGGGUUGCCUGGGAAAGUGGGAUAUAUCGGGCCUCCAGGACCCCCAGGACCUGCUGGUUUUCCGGGACUGUCUGGUCUUAAAGGAUCUUCGAUCAAAGGAGAGCAAGGAGACGAUGGACUCCCGGGAUCAAUGGGCCCUCAAGGAUCAAUCGGACGCCCGGGACCUGUUGGAAUAUUGGGAGCGAAAGGAUUUCCAGGAAUAAGCAUCAUUGGUCCCUCGGGUCCUGAUGGAAAACCAGGAUUAAAUGGAUUCCUAGGACCCUUGGGGGACCGUGGUGAUCCAGGACCACCAGGAGAGAAAGGUUUCCCUGGCAAGGGCGUAAGAAUUCGUGGUCCUCCUGGAGAACACGGUCUUCCAGGAAGACCGGGAACUCCUGGUCCCGAUGGAUGGGCGGGUAAACCGGGAUUUAAAGGAGAUAAAGGUUUUCGCGGAGACGAUUGCGGAAUUUGUAAACCUGGAUUACCUGGAGAGAAGGGAGAGCAUGGCGAUUGGGGUAUUAAUGGUUAUCCAGGCACUCCUGGCUUCCCUGGAGCACCAGGACCUAGAGGGUUCAAAGGUAGCCGAGGUAAACCUGGACCCACGGGGUCAAUGGGGUUGGAAGGUGACAGUGGACGCCCAGGACUUGCUGGACCACAGGGAGCCAAAGGUCAACCAGGACAAAUUAUUUGGCCACCGGUGGAUCAAAUACAUACCACUCCUGGCGAUCAAGGCGACAAGGGAUUCCCAGGAAUAGAAGGUUUAAGAGGUCUUCCUGGUAUACCAGGACUCGUGGGAGACGAUGGACCACCGGGACCAAAGGGUGAAAAGGGUGAUUACGGAAUGCCAGGAUUAUCUGGUCGAGAUGGGUUACCAGGAUGGGAUGGAAGUCCAGGUGAAAAGGGAGAACCAGCAUCAGAGCGGAUUGAAUAUCUUCAAGGUGAUCCAGGUUUUCCAGGAAUACAUGGAGAAAAAGGCGCUCCGGGAGAUUUUGGUACCAAGGGAGAACCUGGAGACUCCGCGCAACAUACUCGCGAUAUCAAGGGAGAAAAGGGAUACCAGGGCGAGAGUGGUGAACCUGGAUUCGACGGGUACAAAGGGUUCCAAGGACCUCCUGGAGAUGAAGGAUUCAUCGGACCGCCGGGAUUACCAGGACCAAAGGGUAUCGCUAUUCAAGGGCCUGAUGGACUAAAAGGAUAUCCUGGAAUGCCUGGAGAUCCAGGACCUCGUGGAACACCUGGAACAACGGGACCGCAGGGUCUGAUUGGUUUUCCGGCUCCUUUGGCCCAAAAAGGAGAGCGAGGAGAUCCUGGAACGAAUCUAAAUUACGGAGAUAUCGGAGAACGAGGAAGAGCUGGACCGAAAGGUGAAUUCGGGGAUGCUGGACCAACAGGUCGUCGUGGUCGACCUGGACAAGAUGGACUCAAAGGCUCGAAAGGGGGCAAAGGCGCUCCAGGUUUCGUCGGAUUAGCUGGUCUAGAAGGUUCUAAAGGUCAAAGAGGUGACAGUCUGCAAGGUCCUCGAGGAUUACCUGGACUUUCUGGCCACCCUGGUCUACCUGGAAUGAUAGGCAACGUUGGUGUGCGAGGACCCGAUGGAAUAUCCGGAUUCGAUGGAAUGAAGGGACUGAAGGGAGAAAUAGGAUUCCUGGGUCGCCGUGGAGAUGACGGCGAUGCAGGUCCUCAAGGUUAUCCGGGAAUGGGCGGAAUUCACGGAGCACCGGGACGCCCAGGAGAAGAUGGCACCAUCGGAGAGAUCGGAGAACCAGGACCUAGAGGAUGGCCAGGCUUUGACGGAAUCACGGGACCCCUUGGCCACAAAGGAGAAAUUGGAGACAUAGGGAAACCUGGACGUCCUGGUAUAUCAGGUCCUCCUGGAAUCAAAGGAUUAUUAGGAGAUGAAGGCUUCCCAGGUCCCGAUGGACCUCCGGGAGAGAACUCCUUCAGCGGUUCUCAAGGGGACAAGGGCGAUGCAGGAUUCAUGGGAGAAGUAGGACCACCAGGUUCCCCAGGUUUUGACGGUCGGCCUGGUGCUCCUGGAGAACCAGGACUCUUCACGGAUGGCUUUGACGGAUCGCAAGGACCUGAAGGUGAACCUGGCUUCGAUGCAUACGACGGUUCUCCUGGUCCCAAGGGAGAAAUUGGUGACAUGGGCCCCGAUGGACUGAAAGGCGAAAGAGGAGACGCGGGUCCAAAGGGAUGGCCAGGGAGCCCAGGAAUCUCAGGAAAACAAGGAGAAAAAGGAAAACGUGGCUCGAUGGGUAAAGCUGGAUUCGAUGGUCCUAAAGGAAGACGGGGAUUGGAUGGUGAUCCAGGAAUUAUGGGACGUCCAGGAAUGCCGGGCGAUGAAGGUCCCCGAGGUUCUCCUGGUUUGGCCGGUAUUAAUGGACCUAAAGGUUCGAUUGGAGAACCUGGUUAUCUGUCCUACGUUGAGGCCACCAAAGGUGAUUUCGGUAUUCCUGGACUUCCUGGGUUACGAGGUCGCAAAGGUGAAAUAGGCGAAGAGGGCUAUACCGGGUAUGACGGUCCUAAGGGCCGGCAAGGAGACGCCGGAUUGCCUGGGAGCGACGGAUUCCCAGGACUGCCAGGAUUGCCAGGAUUACCCGGAGAUAUAGGACCUGCUGGAGCACCAGGACUUCCGGGACAGUUCCCCGAGUCAGGAGAAGUAGGAAGAGCUGGAUUCAACGGAGCACCAGGAAUCCCAGGACGUUCUGGACAAAAGGGAGCUCCCGGAGAGUACGGACCUAAUGGACCCAAAGGAAUUAUUGGUGAAACCGGUGGUUCCAUCAGCGGCUUGAAGGGAGUCAGAGGAGAACCAGGUUUGAGAGGACUAGAGGGUGCUCCUGGGACUCCAGGACGUCCAGGACUGCAAGGAUUCCCUGGAUCUCGGGGACCGAAAGGGUAUCUCGGAGAACCUGGAAUAUCCAUGGGAAGUGCUAAAGGCCAAAUUGGAGAAGUUGGCUGGCCCGGUUUUAAUGGUCUCCCAGGACUAAAGGGAAUUAAAGGCGAUUCAGGACGGUCUGGUUUUAGCGGCCUACCUGGCUUGAAAGGCGAGAGAGGAGAUGAUGGAAUACCUGGUCCUACUGGGCUUCGUGGCCCUCAGGGUCCUCGGGGUUGGAAAGGAGAUCGCGGUAACAACCCGUUCUCACCGUUCCCAUUACGUGGAUUACCAGGAGAUAUGGGAUAUCCAGGACUACCAGGAUUGCCUGGAGCACCGGGAUUGAUGGGAGAGCCAGGAGAAGACGGGCUCCCAGGUCGAGCAGGAGAAAGAGGGAUGAUCGGUUUCUCUGGUCCCCAAGGUCCGGAUGGAGAACAUGGUCCCGAGGGUUACCCUGGUCCCCCGGGUACCAUCGGUCGUCAAGGUUCGCCAGGAUUCGCGGGCGCCCCUGGAGCACCAGCUGCAGCUGCUCCACCUCCACCCAGUAGAGGCUUCCACUUUGCAAGACAUUCGCAGUCGGAAAUGAUACCUCUCUGUCCCCGAAAUACCGUUAAACUGUGGGAGGGAUUUUCAUUGUUGCAUAUAAUGGGCAAUGGACAUCCUUACGCCCAAGACCUAGGCGCAGCCGGCAGUUGCAUAAGGAAGUUCUCAACGAUGCCGUUCAUGUUCUGUAACCUGAAUAACGUCUGCGAUUACGCCCAACGUAACGACUACAGUUACUGGCUGAGUACGACCGAGCCCAUGCCCAUGAUGAUGACGCCCAUUCCGGCACCGGAAGUCGGCAGAUACAUCUCCAGAUGUUCCGUUUGCGAAGCGCCGACCAGACUGAUCGCUGUCCACAGUCAAACCAUGACGAUCCCAGAAUGUCCCGGUGGCUGGGAGGAAGUUUGGGUCGGCUACAGUUUCCUCAUGCAUCGGGAUGCCGGAGCCGCGGGCGGCGGGCAAUCUCUGGUAUCGCCAGGUUCCUGCCUCGAAGAGUUCCGUGCGCGUCCCUUCAUCGAGUGCCGAGGUCUGGGUACCUGCAAUUACUUCACAACGGCCUCGUCCUACUGGCUGGCGACCAUCAAGGACUACGACAUGUUCCGGAAACCGCUUCAGCAAACCCUGAAGGCGGACCACACCUCCAGAGUGAGCCGCUGUGCCGUGUGUCUUCGGCGCCGAGUCACCGACAACGACUCCAGCCGGUUCCGCCAGUUUACGGUGAACAACCAGCGGUUUGCGCCUAACCGGAACCCGAACCAGAACUACAACCGGGUGCCACCUGUUCAACCCCUCCAACCGGAACGACAUCCCGACUGGUACAACAGGAGAUUCCCUCCUGGAAGGGACAGGGCGAAUUACAGACGCGUGCCAUCUCAUUACAGGAGGCGAGGGCGCCCCCGGAAACAUAAGACGGAAGAUCCCGCGGAAAACGCGGUCGACACGUAGCGGAAUUACCGAAAACUAGCUAGAACCGCUGCCAAGACCUUAACAAACCGUUAUGUAUAUAUUAUACAAAGAAACCCGAGUUUUGAGCGAGAUUUAACGAUGAUUCCACCGACAGGGGGUCGAGGAUCGUUCUCCAAAAUGGCUCCCAUGAAAAGAGUCAUCGGCGUGAGUCGAUGACUGCGUAUUAUUGUUCAUUUUUUAUACAAUCUUACGUUGUCAGUAUGCUACAUUGACGUACUGGUAGGGAAUUUAGUGGAAUAGUCACUCUGUUAGCCACGAAUACCUAAGUUACUUUCAAGGCAUUUUUCACUUUGCACGUAUAUUUCGUAAUUUAUUGUGGAUUCUUAUCUGUCGGUAUAAAUUCAGAAAUAUAAUAACAAUUUAAAGGAAACAUUUGCACAGAGCAAAUAGUAUUCCGCGAUAUGAUCACUUUCUAUCGUUCUGAAGAUAAUUCAAUCAUCACCUAGAUUAUCAAUCAUAGGGAUCCAGAUUUAUCUUCAAUAAUUCUUUCCAUUGUAACAUUACCUAGUUUUCGUCUGAUGAAGUAUCCCUAGAGUUAUUCAAUGAAAUUAUUUACUCGUAUGUAGCGGGAAAAAAACUUACUAUUACCUUUAUGGUAUUGCAUUCAAUUGCUAUUCCGUUAAUUUCGCAUAGUCCAGUUUCUAGUCGGAUUUAGGAUUACGACAAAAAUUGUAGUCGAUCAAUCCAUUGCAUUGACAUCCAGAAAGUGGAAGAAUCUCUCGGUUGGUGGAAUCAUGUUUAAAUCCGCGUAUCAACGGGGUUUCUUGUGGCGAAAGUGCCAUGUAUUUUUCGCAAAACCGCGAAUUUAGAACGAUCUUAUCAACCACAGAGUCUCUAUUGGCCGUGCCAUAAAGAGGACCGACAUAACUCGAGCGGCACAUAAUGUUGCAAAACAUGACAGAAAUGUUCCGGACAUAUUCCAGGACCUUUCCGCAAUAAUUUGGGCCGUAUCCGCGUUCACCGUUAAAAACUGACGACUGCCAAAACGUAAAAGUAAAUGUUCCAGCCCUCGUAAUAUAUAAUAUAUACGUAUGUCGUAAUGGCGCCUAAACGCGUCCCGCCAUCUAGAUAUGUUACAUAGCUAUUAAAUUAACAUUAUAUUAUCGCUAAUGUAAUAUCUAGCAAAACUUGAAUAAAUGAAUUUUAUAUAACGCCGAGCGGUGGCACCAUUUUCGCAGGAAGUGGUCUGACUGUAACGUGAAAUAUACCGAGAAAUUACUCAUUGACGGCUUUAUAAAUAUUUAUGAAUAUGCUCGGUGAA